UCCACGUGGCUGCUGCUGAGCCCUAUAUUAGAUGCACUCCGUGGAAGCCUUACACAGAGAAGCCGAUUAAGGCUGGUGUCUGGACACAGUGGGAUUUGUUCUUCUUGUGCUGCCCUCUCUUUACCUAAUCUGGAGGGAGAUUUUCUCUCAGUAUUUGUGGAAAGUACCUAAAAGUAUUGCUGCCCGGUGGAAAAGAUCUGCAUUAAUGAACAUAUUUAGAUGGAUAUGAGAAGGUGCUUACUACAUUGUCUAUCAGCUCUACAAAGGAAGUAAUCAGCAUUGUCUUGGACGGGUGCUCUCUUGAACCUCAUGCCUUACAUUUCCUGCUGUACAAAUAGAUACAGAUACUAAGAAAUCUUCAAAUUACGGACAUCAAAGAAACUGGAAUAAGAAUACUUCUCUUCUCCAAAGCUGCAACAUAUUUAAAAACAUUUGAAAACAAACUUUAUUUAUUUAUAUAUUUAUUUAUUAAAUUAAUACCUCUCUCCUACAAACCUAACAGAGAAAUUCAAACAGUUAUCAAACAGUAUUGAUUAUAACAUUUUGGAUCAAAUACUCACCGUGAGGAAUUAGCUGCUGUCUCAAAAAAAAAAAUAAUAUAAAAAAUCAUCAAAUUCUAAGAUUGAUACAGAAGUUGAAAAGACAAAAAAGCUUUAAAAUCGCAAUAAUUGUCCCAACAUUGAGUUGAUAUUGACCAUAAAAAACAUUAACCACUUAAAGGAAUUAUCUCACUAUAAUACCUAGUCCAUAUCAUACGGAUAUUACAAGAUGGAUUUUUACAAAAUAUUAAAUAUGUUUGCCUUUAGAAAGAGAAACUUUAAAUUAUUUACUAUAGUUUUGUUUGCUGCAACUAUCACAUCCUUAUUUGUGAAUUACUCUCAGCACUCGGACACUGCUUUAUGGCGCCCUGAAAAAUACAUAUUCAGAUUUUCAGAACAGUUAAAAAGGUUUGUGGCAUUUUCCAAGAGUGUUUGCAGCUGCGAGACUUGUGUAGCAGAAUCUGAGAUUUCUGCUUGGUUUGAUGAAAGAUUCAACCUUAGCAUCCAGCCACUACUAACUAAGCAGAACAAUGUGAUCCCAGAAAGCGUGUUUAAGUGGUGGUUGAGACUACAAAGAGAAAAUUCUCCCAAGGACAUCAACAAGGUAAUUGAAGAAUUGUUCGAAAUCAUUUCAGGAGAUAAGUAUGUUCUGGACCCUAGCCCAUACCGAUGCCGAACCUGCGCCGUAGUGGGAAACUCCGGAAAUCUAAAGAACUCGAAUUACGGACCAGACAUUGAUAAGCAUGACUUUAUUUUAAGAAUGAACCAUGCUCCCACCACUCACUAUGAAAUGGAUGUAGGAAGUAGAACUACUCAUCACUUUGUAUACCCUGAGAGUGCCAAGGACCUGCAUGAAAAUGUCAGCAUGAUCAUUAUUCCGUUUAAGAUCCUUGACCUCGAGUGGGUGAUCAGUGCAUUCACCAAUGGAAGAAUCAAUUUCACAUAUGCUGCAGUGCCACGGAAAAUUCGAGUCAACAAAGAAAAGGUUCUCGUCUACAGUCCUGAACUAAUGAAGUACAUUUAUGAUAACUGGCUGUUACACCAUGGUCGCUAUCCAUCAACUGGAAUUCUCAGUGUGAUAUUUGCACUUCACAUUUGUGAUAAGGUGGAUUUGUAUGGGUUUGGAGCUGACAGCCAUGGUAACUGGCAUCACUACUGGGAGAAUAAUAAUGCAGGCGGAGCAUUUCGACAAACUGGAGUCCAUGAUGGUGAUUUUGAAGCUGAUAUUUUAGCGAAUCUCUCCUCUAUCAAUAAAGUGCAUUUAUUCAGCGGUAGAUGACCCUACUCAUAACACACAAUGCAAUAGAUAUUUUAUUUAUAAUUCUCCACUAUUUUUUCUCCUUAAAAUUAACACAGACGUUUUAUAAAUGAAGACUUUUUAUACCUGUGUGAUUUAAUGCUGCAAUCAAGACUUUAAUUACUUUCAUUUUAAAAAAUAUUCUUUUGGGGCUAUUUACAAAGCAACUACAAAUUAAAGUGUUUGUAGAAUGGAGAUAGGAAAAUAAGGUGGAAUCGGAUUUUUAUGAUCUACAUACUGGUACGACUUCAGAUUCAUCAUACCUGGCCGGUCUCCUUUUGGAGCAGUAUUGUAGCAAUUUGAUUUUUCUUUGUUGAUUUUUUUUUUAAUCAACUUGAACCUUAUCCAAAAUCCAUUUUGCGAAGACCUUCUGGGCAGACCUACACCGUUGUUGUAGUGUGUAGCCAUCACUGGAGUGGUAUCUUGUUUGUCCUACUCCAUUGGGAUAUAGGAACAAGAAGAAAUGUAUGAUCUUCACAAUAUAUUUAAAAGCGGGCACAUUAUCUUGAAGUCUCCUAGAUGAACUAAUGCCACGGGAAUGUAGUACAUUGUGGAGUCCCUUCACAUGCUUAUGUUGGCAUAAGCUGAGCUGUAUAUGACAUGGAUUCUUACUCUGGUCUGUAUUCCUGGGACCUAAUAGUUCUUGGCUAAUUUGCUUAAAAGCAACUGGAAUUUGUUACGGAAUGUAACCAGCAUUUUGUAAAGUCUGUACGAAACCUCUGCUUUUUUGCUAAGGUUUACACCUUGUGAAUUUUUUCUUUUGUAUUAUACACAUGUCCAAGUUUUCAUUACUUUAAUGGGACAAUAACUCAUGAAUAUUUGAAAAUGCAUAGGUAAAAAAAAUGCAGUAUUUUUUCACUAUUUAUUUAACUUUAUUUUCCUGUAGUUAACUUUGACAUUUGUAUUGUUUUCUACUGCCUACAGAGAAGAUGGAUAUGUAAGCAGCGUGCAGGCCCAGUUGUCCUGUAAAUCACCUUCAUGCAAGGUGACCUACCACAGAUGACAACUCAUGGACAGAACCCUCUAUCCAUUCUUCUGGUCUAUCAUCACCUCUUGCAAAUGUCAUUGAUGUAUCUUGUACCUAUGUUUAUAGCAUUGUGGUAUCUGUUUGCGCUAUAAAAUACACAUAUAUAUAAUUAUUUUAUUUAUAAAGAAUCAACAUUUUACACAGAACUAUACAAAGAUACAAUCACAGGGGGUACAGUACCGGGGUGUGACAUUUGUGAGAGAACAUGACAUACUCUACUUAAUUUAACAUACCUAAACAAAUGAAGAGGAAUAUAUUGCCUUUGAGCACCAUCAGUGGUAAGUGCACAUUUAUAUAAAGUGACGUAAUUAUAGGGAGAUAUAAAGUCCUUUUAAAAAGGAAUCCACUCCUUAUCUUAAAGGGACAGUCAACACCAGAAUUUUUGUUGUUUAAAAAGAAAGAUAAUCCCUUUAUUACCCGUUCCCCAGUUUUGCACAACCAACACAGUUAUAUUAAUAUACUUUUUACCUCUGUAAUUACCUUGUAUCUAAGCUUCUGCUGACUGCCCCCUUAUUUCAGUUCUUUUGACAGACAUGCAGUUUAGCCAAUCAGUGCUCAGUCCUAGGUCACUUUACGUGCAUGAGCUCAAUGUUAUCUAUAUGAAACAUGUGAACUAAUGCCUUAUAAUAGUCAAAAUGUAUUCAGAUUAGAGGCAGUCUUCAAGGUCUAAGAAAUUAGCAUAUGAACCUCCUAGUUUUAGCUUUCAACUAAGAAUACCAAGAGAACAAAGCAAAAUUGGUGAUAAAAGUAAAUUGGGAAGUUGUUUAAAAUUGCAUGCCCUAUUUAAUUCAUUUUUUUGGACUUGACUGUCCCUUUAAAGGGACAUGGAACCUAAAGUUUUCUUACAUGAUUCAGAUAGAACAUGCAGUUUUUAACAACUUACUAAUUUACUUCUAUCAUUAAAUUUGCUUCAUGUUUGUGGUAACCUUUGUCAAUAGAGCAGCAAUGAACAAGUGGGAGCUAGCACAGCUGAGCCAAUGACAAGAGGCAUAUAUAUGCAGCCACCAAUCAGCUAUCUCCCAGUAGUGGAUUACUGCUCCUGGACCUACCUAGGUAUUCUUUCCAAAAAAUAAUUUUUAGAGAACAAAGCAAAUUAAAUAACAAAGGUAAUUGUAAAUGUCUCUUAAAAUCGCAUGCUCUAUCUGAAUCAUGAAAGUUUAUUUUGCAUUUACUAUUCCCUUUAAUUGUGUAACAUUUUGCAGCCAUGUUUGGAAAGUGGUGGGUUAAUGGACAAUCAUAAUAUCACAUUGUAAUAACAUGUAAAAAUAUUGGGUGAUGAGUUAAAGGGACACUCAAAUCAAAAUUAAACUGUCAUGAUUCAGAUGCAGCAUGUAAUUUUAAACAACUUUCCAAUUUUUACUUCCAUUAACAAAAUGUGCACAGUCUUUUAUAUUUAACCUUUUUGAGUCACUAGAUCCUACUGAGCAUGUGCAAGAAUUCACAGACUAUACGUAUAUGCAUUUGUGAUUGGCUGAUUGCUAUCACAUGGUACAAGGGGAGUGGAAAUAGACAUAACAUUUAAAAUUGUCAGAAUAUUUUUUUUACUCAUUUUAAGUUCAGACUAAGUACUAUUACAGUAGAUUUGCAUAUUCAACAAAUGCAAGAUAUCAAGACAAUGCGUUGACUGGUCCUUUAAACAUAUAUAUUUUAUUCCAUUAAAAUAUAUAUUAAAGGGAUACUGAACCCAAUUUUUUUCUUUCAUGAUUCAGAUAGAUAAUGCAAUUUUAAGCAACUUUCUAAUUUACUCCUAUUAUCAAAUUUUUGUAUCUUUAUUUAAAAAAGCAGGAAUAUAAAGCUUACAAGCCUGGCUAUCUUUGGUUUAGCACCUGGGUAGCGCUUGAUUAUUGGUGGCUAAAUUUAUCCACCAAUCAGCAAGCGCUACCCAGGUGCUAAACCAAACAUGGGCCUGCUCCUAUGCUUGAAUUCCUACUUUUUCAAAUAAAGAUAUCAAGAGAAUAAAGAAACAUUGAUAAUAGGAGUAAAUUAGAAAGUUGCUUAAAAUUGCAUGCUUUAUCUGAAUCAUGAAAGAAAAAGAAAAAAAAAUUGGGUUCAGUACCCCUUUAAGUUUAAAGGUCCACUAAAUACACUAGCAAUGCAUAAUUAAAGUGCACAAUGAAAAGACAAUGCUAUAGCACUUUUACGGGCCCCUGUAUCGUGACAAACAUCAGCCAAUCACAGACUAGUAUACGUAUAUACUGUGAACUUGUGCACAUGCUCAGAAAGUGUGCCUAUAAAAAGACUGUGCAAAAAUUGAUAAUGGAAGUAAAUUUAAAAGUCUCUUAAACUGCAUGGUCUUUCUGAAUCGUGAAAGUUAAAUUUUAGUGUCCCUUUUACCGAUUGUCUCAUUUGCUUCUGGGAGUGGAUGUUUUUUUGUGAGGUUUCUGCCCUUACUGGAUGGGCAGAAUGUAUUAUUUUACCAUAAGGGAUUGCUUAAAGAAGACCCCCCCCCCAGCUGUCCCGGAAUUUUAAUUAUUGUCAUAGGUUGGGAGGUACGUCGUGUUCAUUCUGCAUCUCUCUUUCCAGAACAAAGGCACUGCCCCAGCUUUACCCUAUGCCAUACCAUAACCCUGCCCUCAUUAUACCCAAAUCCCGCCCCUCCAAUUGUAUCCCCGCCCACAAAACUCCUCACCUCUGUGUCCCAGAAAGCCAUAUCUCUCUGUUCUCUGGAAAUGUUGCAAGGUAUGGUAACAUUUUACUCGAAAAAUUCUCAUACAUAUGAAACAUCACAGCGUUAAAAAAAUUUUUUGGAAUUAAAAGGUUAAAGGUUUAUAAUUAAAUUAAAAGUAAUACAGUAAUAUCCGUUGUGUACUUCCUGUUGAUUUUCAUUGGCUGAUAAGGACAAGCCCUUAACUCUUAGUGGACUAGGACAUCACUCUAAAAGUCUGACAAGAAAAUGUUUGUUUAUUCAGGAAGGGAGAAUGCAUUUAAAAAAAAAAAAAAUUAAUGUUGACAUGCCAUCUUUUAAAUAAAUUUGUUUAAUUUGUUUUCAUUUUGGAUAAUGUAUAGAAAUCAACUGGUACAAUUAAAAUGUAAUUAUGAUUUGAUUGUUUUUGUUAAAGGACCAGUCAACAAAGUAGAUUUGCAUAAUCAACAAAUGCAAGAUAACAAGACAAUGCAAUAGCACUUAGUCGGAACUUCAAAUAAAUAGUAAAAACAAUUCUGACAAUUUUAAAAGUUAUGUCUAUUUCCACUCCCCCUGUACCAUGUGACAGCCAUCAGCCAAUCACAAAUGCAUACACGUACCAUGUGACAGCCAUUAGCCAAUCACAAAUUCAUAUACGCUUAUUCUGUGAAUUCUUGCACAUGCUCAGUAGGAGCUGGUGAUUUAAAAAGUUUAAAUAUAAGACUGUGCACUUUUUUUAAUGGAAGUAAAUUGGAAAGUUGUUUAAAAUCACAUGCUCUAUCUGAAUAAUGAAAGUAAAAUUUUGACCUGUGUCCCUUUAAAGAUUAACCCUACUGAAAUUGGUUUAUUUAUAUGCAAAAGAAAUUCCAACCCCCAUUAGAUUGCUGAGCAUUAUGUUAGUGAAAGUUUUAAUGUUAGACUUGUGCAUUCUGCAUUUGCGUUCAUUACCAAAUGUAGAAGUAGGCGGAAUUUCGUUGUGUUCGGUUCUUUUCAGAGCCAAAUUUCUUCUUGUGAAACUGAAGCACUUCACUUUCACAAGAAGAAAUUCAAGUCCAUAAAGAUCCGAACAUAACUAAAGUCCGCCAACUACCGCAUUCGGCAUUGAACUAAAAUGCUGAAUGCACAAAUCUAUUUAAUAUGGUUAUUUUUUUUUCCUAUUAUUAUUAUCAUUUAUUUGUAUAGCGCCGCCAAAUUCCGUAGCUAUUUAAAAAAGAUAUAGGACCUGAUUAUCUAAAGCUUUCUACUCUGAUGAGAUUUUCUAAGCGCCUGAAGUUUUAAAGGCUUUUGGGUUUGGCGAGAUGCUCGCCAGUACUUCUAUUUCCCUGGUGAAUGAUUUAAUUGUAAAAUGUACCGCCUGCACCCUGCUAACUUCGCUCCACGGAGCAAAGUGCCCCUUUCAAGCGAGCUCCAUUACUUUCAAUAGACGGUGAGGGUUGGCGAGUAACAACAAGUCUGACCGGGCUCUAAGACAUCUUGUCAAUAUAAUUAUGAAUAUAAUUAUCAAAAAAGCCCACGUAGAUUUUGAUUGAUUUCUAUCCUCGCUGGCGCGGUUUUGAUUGUUUCAUUGUUGCUUAAAUGAAUGAACAAAUUAAUAAACACAUUUUGUUGGCUUAAUGAUUAAGUCAUUUGUGAUAUUUUUUAUUAAAGGAUACUAAACCCACAUUCAGAUAGAGCAUGCAAUUUUAAACAACUUUCUAAUUUACUCCUAUUAUCAAUUUUUCUUCGUUCUCUUGCUAUACUUAUUUAAAAAGCAGGAAUCUAAGCUAAGGAGCCAGCCCAUUUUUGGUUUAGCACCUGGGUUGCGCUUGCAGAUUGGUGUCUAAAUUUAGCUUAGAUCCAUGUUUUUUCGGAUAAAGAUAGCAAGAGAACGAAAAAUUGAUAUGACUAAAUUAGAAUCAGAAUUAAAAUUGCAUGCUUUAUCUGAAAUAUGAACAUUUAGUAGCCCUUUAAUUUUGUAACAGAAAACAAAUAAUAACAAAACUGUGCAUGUCUAUUAUAAAACAUGGUUUAUAGUUCAAUGAAAAGCAAAUCAGUGUAUUCUUUAAUUUCUUUCUCUUUUGGGGGGUAAAAUGCCUAAAUGCAAUCAAGUUUAUUUUUAAUUAUUAUUAUUAAUGAUGCCUUGCUAUUAUUAUAUUUUGAAUAAAUUUAUAAUUUAAUUUUAUAUUUAAAAAAAAAUUAGUUCCAAUUAAAUCAACUCCUUUACAAACCUGGCACGUUACUUAAAAGAUCAAGUUAAUGCGUGGUCCAUACAUGUCAAUCGGCUGCUACAUAUACUCAAAUAAUUUAAUAAAUGUAGAAGAAAGCUUUUUUGAAAAUAGUUAAUUACAUUAUGAAUUUAUUCAGACAAUAAUGAUGGGGUCAAAUAUUCCAAUUUGUUUUAAUAUUAAAACUUUAAAUCAAACUUGUGCAUACCUAAGUAUCUAUUAGCUGUUUUUUGGUAUAACUUCACUAGCCUUAUUAGUUGUCCUAAAAAACCUCCACAAACAAACAAAUUACAGAAAAAAAGGAGUAAAUAGUAUUUCAAAAUAUAUAUUUGAUUCCCAAUAUAUAGGCCACAAAGAAUUGUGACAAAAAAUGUUUUUAUUAUGCAAAAACCCCCACCAAAUUAUAAAAAAAAUGUGCACCCAAAUUUUUUCCUAAAAGGUAAAACAGUCAAAUUAAAACCAAUACAUAGGCUGGGUCCCAAACACUGUAUGCACAAAUAUGCUCAAUCAUAAUAUAUGUACAUGACAAACGUAUCCUUAAUUAAAAGAACACACAAUAAAACUAAGUAUGAAAUAGUGUGAUAAUAAUUUAGUUCUAUUUACAGAACUAAAAUGGCUUUCUUUCCUAUUGCCAGAUAUUGCAGAAUCAAAUUUUAAUGGAUUAAAAAUGUAUAUGCUUUAUUCAUCAAAUGUAUUUUUACAGUUACUGCGUACAUUUUCAACAUCAUUUGGAUGCCUAGGUAGUAUUACAAUAAAAUGAAAGUCUAUGUUUUACUUAAACAUUAUUUUAAAUGUAUAUACAUAUAGAAAAUAUUUCAUUGGCCUAAAGAGAUUUUGUUUUAAGAUGGUGGUCAGAAGCAUUUGACAAUCCAACAACAGAAAUAUAGGGAUUGCCCUUAUCAGCCAGUGAACAAUCAAACAGAUAUAAGCUGUACAUAAACAUAUAUUUUGUGAGUUUUUUUAUCUUUUAAAACAGCUUUAAUAACCCUUUUUCAUACAAAAAAUAUGUCGGCAUGUUUACUUAAUAACAAUACUAAAGUAAUAGGAAAGCGCAUUAUUUGCAAAAUAAAUAAUUUUAAUAGAUUAUUGAAGCUUUUAUUCAAUUAGAAUUGUCCAGCUUGAAAAAAAAAUGAUCUAUGAAAUGAAUCUACAUUGUUAAAACAUAUAUAGUGACAUAGUAACACUAAAUUGUAUGCAUUAAUAAAAGAAAUACACACAUUUAAUAUUGAUAAUAACUUUGUAAAGUUCAAAAGUAAAACUGAUAAUGCAUCCAUUAUAUUGAGUGAAACCCCAAAAUGUGAACUUUUGUCCUUUCAUGUGACAGUAUCAUGUUAUAAGAAACACGCUAGCUAAGCUUUUUUUCUUUCUUUCAAAUGUAUGAAUGAUGUAGAAAUGUAUAUAUUUAUAGUAAACAUUUGCAAAGUCUAAGAAAAAUGGCACUAUUCCAGUUUUGCUAUUUAACUUGUUAGUUUGAGGAUUGCUCAUAUUGUUAUGUUUGUAGCUUUUUUUACGCUUUUGUAGCUUUCAAAUUACACAGAAAAAGUUGAGAUAAUGAUUACUAAUUUAGAAUUAAUUGCAAAGGAAAAUGCCAAAAACCCCAUGCCCAGAUAUCUUUCCCUUAUUGAUCAGACACCCCCCCCAACCACUUAGACUAUAUAACUAGCCCGUUGUGCAAAGCCCCCUUAUGGACGUUAUUAUACUUGACAAAUUUUUGUAAAAUACAAGGACAUUUUGUUUUUUUUUAUGGUUAUGAUGCACACAUCUCCCUUUUAUUAUACUAUUCUGUGGAACAUCCUUUAAUUUCAGUUUUAAAAUGGAUAAUGCUCUGUCUAUGCACCUCUCCUUUCAUACAGUGUUACAGCUGAAUGAUUCUCUUUUUAGCAUUAUUUUACUAUUUUAUUACAAAUUGCAUCUACCUCUUUGUAUCUUUGAAUUCCUAAAAUGAUUUCUUUUCCAAACCACUUUUAUAAGAGAAUUAAUGCCUGUGCCAAAAUUUGUAAAUAUAUUUGUGUAGACAUUUCACUUUUUUUUCUUUUGCUGUUGCUGUAGAGGGGGGUCUGAAUUGCAUAUUAAUAAAAAAAAUUGGCACAUUACUUAAAAUAAAUGUUUGAGAUGUUACAGAAUAUAUAUAUAUAUACACAUUGAUACAAAUUAGUGUAACAUUAUAUCUAAACAGAUAAAUAUCAACAUUUUAACAGAUUUUUCUCAAGCAAAGAUUUAGUGCCAAAUUAAAAUAUUAUUUUUAAUAAUAAUAAUAAUAAUAAUGAAAAGAUAAACCAACGAUAAUUACAAAUGUUCAUGGAACUGACUUAUACCUUCUUGUAAUGUUCUAAUAUUUGACUUAAUAUUUUCUGUUUUACAUGAGAUUUUAUUUAAUCGUCUAAUUAAAAUGUUAUGUUACAAUGCAUGGAAAAAAAGAUACUAUAAACAUUCUCUCUGGCUACAAACAAUGGAUAAGUGUGACUCUUUUUAGAACAUUUCUAUUGAUUUUAAUUAUAUUUUAAUCGUUUACAUGUGCCUUUGUAUUUGUAAAACAAGUAUGACUUUUUGUACAGAUACAGUAAUGAACGUGACAUUUCUUUAUGUAGAAAACAACCAAAGUUUCUCUCCAUGAGAUAUGACUUUUUAUUGUUUUGUAUUUAAAAUUGAUAUAAACUCUUAUUUUACUUGAAAUAAAAACAUGGUUUGUUUUU